AGGAAAGUGGGUGGGCAGAGACGGAGCCAAGACGGCGUCACAGCACUACCGCCAGUUUCCCGCGCAAGCGCACUGAGAAAAGGGGGUUAGAGCGGCCCGAACGGAUGUUUUUCCUGAUCUUGCUUUGAGAGUCCGCCCACGGUUCUGAUUGGCCACUCUGCCAAUUGUGCAUGUCAGGAAGAUGUGGAAGCGACCAAUAGGAAGGCCAAAGGGAAGGGAUGCGAGGGUUGCUUGGCUGCCGGUAGUUGCAGCCAUUUUGCUGCCGGGAGUGGGGGGGCUGUUAAAUGAAACCCGGACGCCGCCGCCGGGAGGACUCCCACAGAUCGGGCGGCGAUCAUGUUGCGGCUGCGUUGUAAAGCGCGGAGUGGCUCUUUUCCGCUUCCCGGCCUCACGGCACAUUCCCGUCUGCACGAACUCCAGGCCGUGAUCGCUGCCCUCACCGGUGUCCCCAUCCAGGCCCAGCGCCUGCUGCUCGGCUUCCCCCCCUCGGGCCUUGACCUCAGCGAUGGAGAGCAGCGCCUCGGAGAGCUGGGCAUUCAUUCGGGUGAUACACUAAUAGUUGAAGAAGAUGCAACCAAGCCCAAGACUGAUUCAUCUAUAGUUACAAAACGAACUGUUUCUAAUUCAGUUAGAGAAGCUGUCCCUGUGCUUGCCCGAAAGGUUGUUCCAGCCGACAACUCAUGUCUUUUUACUAGCAUAUAUUAUGUAGUAGAAGGUGGGGUUUAUGAUCCAGGCUGUGCCCCAGAAAUGAGAAAUCUCAUUGCCCAAAUUGUAGCAAGUGACUUGGAAUCCUAUAGUGAGGCAGUCCUAGGGAAAAGUAAUCAGGAAUACUGUGAAUGGAUCAGAAGAGAAGAUACAUGGGGAGGUGCAAUUGAGGUUUCUAUUUUGUCUAAAUUCUAUCAGUGUGAAAUUUGUGUAGUUGACACUCAGACAGUCAGAAUUGAUCGUUUUGGGGAAGAUGCUGGCUAUGCUAAACGGGUGCUUUUAAUUUAUGAUGGUAUUCACUAUGAUCCACUUGAGCGUAAAAUACCCAGCUCAGACAUUCCUCCCCAGACAAUUUUUUCCACAACUGAUGACGUUGUCCUUGCACAGGCUUUGGAGUUAGCAGAUGAAGCCAGAAGAAAAAGACAGUUUACUGAUGUAAAUCGGUUUACAUUGAGAUGUAUGGUUUGUCAGAAAGGAUUAACAGGGCAAGUGGAAGCCAGAGAACAUGCCAAGGAGACGGGACACACCAACUUUGGAGAAGUGUGAAUUUUCUGUGAGGUUGGUCAUAUCUACUACCUCACUGAUCCAGAACAAGCCUCCAGGUUUUUAAAUAAGCUAUAUGUAAUGUUAUAGAUCCAUUCAAAGUUUGAAAGCCCUAAAUUUAAUUAUGGCUGAUAUGCACAGGUUUGCAGUUGAUAGUGUAAAAUGUUUACAAGAGUGGUGUCAUGUUUUCCAAGGAUCUUGGAGUAUUCUUUUGCACAUCUAAGAACUAGAGAUAGCAACUGAUACCAACAGCUGUAUCAACUCUUGAAAAAAAUCUGAGCAGCUGCUGAAGGAAUCCCUCUAACACAACUGAAUAUAUACAUUGCUGUAGCUAGCUAGACCUGCAUGUAGGAUUUUAGAAUCACUGAUGGAAUAAAAAUCUCAGCUCCAUUACUGGAUUCUUGAUUCUGGAAUCUAUCAAAUAGUUAAGUUGGUUCCAUUCAAAUCUGGCAAGAUUACCUCCAUCUCAGUUUUUUUCAUUUGAAAUGUUGUGUAUGUUUUUGUAACUUAAAGCAGUAAUCCCAAAGCUGUUUUAUUUGAAAUUGCUGAUUUGAAAAACCAUAUGUGUAAAAAUAAGGGAUGCUGGUUUCAUCUUCAGUAGCCUUAGAAGGUAAAGCUACUAAUAAGUUUGCAUAUUUCCAUAGUGCCUAAUAUAUCAGUAUACAUUAAUUAUAUUUUUAAAAGGUGUGAUCUGUUGGGGUGUUGAUAUGCAUAAGUAAUAGGACCUUCAGAAUUAGAAAUUCCAGCAGUAUGAAUCAGUACCUUCAUCAUAUGGAUAAAUAAUAUACUCAGCUGUAAUAUUUCAAGGGGAGGCUGUUUCAUAACAUCAAAUUGUUAUAUUUAAUGUCAAACCUUGGAGGGGGGGACUGAGUGGUAAGUUUCUAAAUUAUCCACUUUUCUUAAGUAUGGCACUGUCCUUGAAAACUGUCAGUUGAGUCCCCUUGAAAGCAGUACAUUUAACAUAGAAAAAAGCCCUCAGAUGUGGAUAUGUUGGAGGAAGAGGAAGGGAGGAGAAGCUAGGCUGUUCUUACUGUACAUUGCUGCCAAAUGGGCUGGUGCUUCACGUUAAGAACAAAACUUAGUGACCUGCAUCGAAAUCACGAACUAUAAAUAAGUGGUUGCUAUUGGAAAGCAUUGCACUCUAAUAUAAUGCUUGAUUCAUCACAUAGCUUAAGUGACACAUCCUUUCACUGCUGAAGCUCUUACAAGCUUUAUAUACGUGUAUAUUAAAAAGGGUUUUGGGGAGCUGCUUUGGUAUUGACACAAGUGUUAUGUUUUGGCAGGCUAAAUACAUUUGUUUACUCAAAUACUGUUUGCUAAUAAGACAUGUUUCAUGAAUAAUCAUGGUUUGCAUGUGGUGGUAGAGAAGUUAUACUUAAUCUGAGGGGCCUUUGUAGGCAGUAGAAAAUUUAUUUUGGGGCUAUCUGAAUUAACAGUAACUUACAAGUAAAUUUAAAAGAAAAGGGUUUAGCGUUUGAGAGAAAGGGGGAAAUAUAAUUGAUGUGUGAGAUGGUAAUGUUGGUGUGUGGUGAUCAAAACUGACUUUAUGCGUUCUGACUUAGAAAUAACUCAAGUUGUCAGAAAAUGGCAGUGGUAUAGCAGUAUUAGUGGCCAUUAAUGAGAUAGGUAUUAGGAAAUGAGUAAUAUUGUGCAACCACAGUUGAGCAGGCACAGUAAUUUGGGUGUAAACAUCUAAUUUUCCUUGCCCCAAAGGACUUGUUUGUACCUUUUUAAGGUCCCAAAUGUAUGCAUGGUUAAUUGCUUUCCCCAUUUAUUUUUAAAGAAAUGUGACCUAUGAAAUUUCAAGCAGGCAUAGGCUGGGUGACAUAUCUCAACUAAGUUAUGCCUUAGUGCAGGGAUCCCCAACUCUGUGGGGCUUAUGGAUGUAUUUGGAAUCUUGAGAACAUGUUGGUACAUUUGGAAAAUGGCUGCCAGGGAGGGGUCUCCAAUUUACAGAAUGGUAGCUAUGGGGAAUAUAACUUGUUACAAAGCACCAGUUUACCUGAGUUAACUGACACACACGUACACCAGUCCUCCCCCCAAACAAUAUUCCAUGUAAUAUGUGCUUAAAUUGUUUGUGGUUUUUUUCUAGGCAGAUAGACAUCCUUCCAAAGUAGGAUCUAGGCUGCAGCAGCACAUUAUUUUAAAUAAAAUUUUAAGAAAGCUUAUAACGGCAUAUUGCUUUGCAGUAUGUCAGGCUCCCAUUUAAAAAAAUAGCUUUUUAAAGAUGUGAAACAUAGAUGGGUCAGGAAGGCUAAGAUAAUUUAAUGUGAUUACAGCUAGGCUAUGUAAAUUUUCAAUAUUCAGAUUUGAUUUGAAGUUCCAGAUUGAUUUGAAAUGUUAAAAGAUUUGGAUCCAAUUCAGAGAGCUGACAGUUAGUGUGAAAAUGCACUUUUUAAAAUCAUUCAGAGAUUUGAAUUGAAUCAAGAAUGAUUUGUAUAUCCUUACUUGCAACUGACAAAGACUGGCAUGCUGUACUUGGGGUGUUUUAGAUUUCUUCAGUGACUUGUAACACUGACUCAAUUUAGUUCAAAGACUUUUUUCAUAUUUGAGUCAGAUAUUUUUGAGUUGUAUUUCUUCACAGUUUCUGCUUGUAUAUAUUGAAGUGAAAGUUCUCAAAUCUAGAAACAUCAAAGAGAUCUGCAAUCAUUGCCCCAUAUUUGGUGGGCUAAAAUAAUCUAGCUAAAGAUAGUUGUGGGUCUUAAACAAAUGGAAAACAUUAAUUACUAACUUAAGUGCUGUUGAUUUUAAGUUCAUAGGACAUGAAAGGCAAUCUUAUGCAUGUCUGCUCAGAAGUUAAUCCCAAAAGAGUGGACUCCCAUGGAAGUGUGUUAGGUUGCAACCCAAGUCACAACUAACUCUAGCUAGUUUAGAGUUAUUAAGGGUAACUCAGUUAAGACUUAUAACAUGAUACUUUUGCCAAAAGCCUUAAACAGACCAACUGCAAUUGUACUUAUAGGAAAAGUGUUACCAAACUCACUAAGCUGCAUGCUUUUAUUGGCCAAAAGGGACAUUAGAUAAUAUCAAAUUAUAGUGAAUUAUUUAAAGUUCUGUUUUAAAUAAUGGAAAUUAAGAGUAUAGCAAAUGAAAAUAUUUUACAAUUAAUAUUGGUACUGAUCUCUUUAAAGUCAGAUUAGUUGAUCUUAAAAUCCUAUACAUACAUACUUGGACAUAAGUAGACACUGGAGAUUACUUGUCUUUCUGUUUCUCUCUCUCUAUAUGUUAGUUAAGCCGUUUAAGAUACUUUUUGUUAAACCUCUUCCAGUAAUUUUUUUACAGGCUCAUUUGCCAAAAAUGGUUCGAAAAAUAGGGUGCAAUUUAUACAAAAUAUGGAAGUGUAAUAUAUUAAGCAUUUAAGCUGUAACCAUGUAUCUAAAUUUACUUGGAAAAACAGAUAAUUAAAAUUAGUAAGACUUUCAGAUGACUUUGAAGAAAAGUUGUAAACUAUUCUCAGACUUUAAUAUAUUAAUUAAAUACAGUUAAAGCCUUUAAACCUUGUGCUUUGGGAGAAGGAUCAUAUUUGUUCACAGACUGGCCGAGAUUACAGACAAACCUAAAUACUAAUCUCACUUUGUUUGCUUUAGAAUUGAUUAAAUGCACCUAUCAUACAGAUGAUGAGAAGCUGACCUAUUAUAUUCCAUUUAAACAAAGGUGCUAAGGGAAGCUUAUUUUGUAUAUUGUUUUCUAUUAAAUAUUUUUAAUUUUAGAGUAUGUACAUUUUGCAUUUUUACUUUAAGGUUUGUCUGGAGAAACUUGACAUGGGUUUAAAUCACAGCAGACCUAGUUUACUAUCAGUAUUAUAAUUUUUAAUAUAAUUUUAAAAAUACAGAACUUGUUUUUAUUGAACUAUUGUUAUGUUAUAAGUAUGUCCACACACACACACACACACACACAAAACAUUAGUUGCAGGUCAGUGCAUUUGAGAGUUAAAAUAUAUAAAAUAAAAUAAAAACUAUCUUGUGGAUUCAGAAGAAAACAAAUGUAACCUGAUAUUUGUUUUAUCUAAUUGGUGGUUAUUAGAAUCUGAAAGCUUGUAAAUUUGGACAUAAAGAUUAUUAUCUCCUUUUGUUCAAGCAUCUGGGUAUGAGAGAUUUUGCCAUGUACUUGAAGACUUGGAUUACUUUUCAUCAUUGAUAGCUAGAAAAAAAAAAUGUCCUCUAAACUGGUAAACAUACUUUGCAGUAGUGGUUCUAAUACUUAAACAUUAUGGUUUUCUCUCCUGUUUUAAAGUGGCUAUAAAACUACAUUGGAUGACAGCUAAAAGAGCCAUGUGUCAUAAUCCGAACAAUCUCUCAUGUCACUUUUUAGUUUUUUUCUAGACAGUGCUAAAAUUAAUAUUUUCCUUGUAAGAAAAAAACCUCUAGUCCUUCAUAUCUACAGUCAGCCUGGAGAUGAACUUUCCUAUGGCAAAUUAACAUCACUUACUUUGUAAAAGAAUCUAUGUUUGCAUUAUCUUUAAAAGCUAUUAUUUGCACCCUCCUUUUUAUGGAUACAGAAAUAAUUCAUAUGGACUCCUUCAAUCGGAGUAGAUGAAUAUCAUCUUCAUUUUUUGUUCUAGUGCCAAUUUCUCUACAUUGCAACAUAACUGUAAUCUGAUACAUUUUAAUAUCCUUAAAACUAUCACUGACUUUAAAAUUCUCAGUAUAUAUUGAGACCAGAGUGCAAUUUGAAGACUGAAUACUUAAAUGAUAAUGAAACUUAGUUCUGUAGUAUUACUUGACUGGAAGAUCUGUUCCAAAAUUGGCAUACCUGGCAAUAUCACCAGCGUUAAAAUUCAAAAGUGUGAAGGGACUUUAUGUAUACUUAAGCAGAUGGCCUUUUGCACACUUUUAGAUGAGAUCAGUGUAUCAAGUACAGCACUUUAAAAGCUUGUCAAUCACGGUUUUAUCCGUUUAGUGUGAUUUGCCAAGGAGUUAGAAUGAGUGCAUUAUGAAUUUUUGUUUGUUUGUUUGUAAACUGGCAUAUCACAUUUUUAAAACAUUUAAUAUAGUAUUUUUUGGUGAUACCACAUAUUGCUAUUUCAUAGAAGUAUGUAUGUGUGUGUGUAUGUAUGUAUGUGUAUGUGUAUGUAUAUCUAUAUAUCUAUAUAUAGAUAUAGAUAUAGAUAUCUUCUGUUUAAUAUAUUCUCUUGAGUUUAAUUAUAGCAGCACUAAAAUGUAACAUUAUGCAUAUAUGUCCCACAUUGUAUUCGCUUGUACUUCUGCUUUCUAUCUUUAAUAAAAAUUGAUGCUGGAACAUAUACAUAAAGUAUAAGA